AUGCUAAAUAUAUUGUACUUUCAUGUAAAAACAUCUUUUAACGAGAUAAGAAAGUUAUAAAAUACCGUCUAAAGCUGAUACAAUACAGUCGGCAACUGCGUUUGUUCGCGAAGAAGAUUAUAAAUUGAUUUUGUAAACAAAGUAUCAAAAGUUAAUAGUUGAAAAAUGGAGACAUCAUUUUUGAUACGGACAUAUCUAAUAUGCUUUAGCAUUUCGUCGUUAAUACUGCAAAUAAUUGGAUUAACGGGACAUAACUGGUUUGGAUUUUCUUUAACUAUGAACACAGAUGGGAUCAAUGUGACAGGAAAAAUGCACGGCGGUUUAUUUCACUUUUCACCAUUAGAGAUUUGCGAGGGGAAUCAAACAGUUUGUAAAACACCUGAUCUUUAUUUACCCGAAGAGAGAAAGACAUUUGAUGAACUAAAUAGGAAAUUUUCACAGAUACUGCUUAUCCUUAGAAGUUUGGUUAUUACUGGAAUUACAACUUCAUCCUGUGGUAUUAUCCUGCUGUAUCUAUAUCUAUUUACUUCCAAGAAACCAAAGAUUCUACUUUGCACCGGUACCGCUUCUGCCAUCUCGUGGAUGUUUACAGCUCUACCGGAAUUGACUGCAGUUGGUGUACAGAUUUAUGUCAAUCUGAACAUAAAAAAGUCUGUCAACAUUAUGCCAAAUAGUGGACAAAAUCAUGAAGAAGACAAUCUGCAAGCAACAUUUAUUACACCAUGGGAUGUUACAAUAGUAGGUGUUGGUGCCGCCUUAGCAUUUGUUGUUGGAGUCAUUGUUUUCUUGACAACUUUUGAAAAAUUAAGAAAUAAUACUGUGAUACGGUUUAGAAAAUCUUCACUAGGUAAUGAUGAGAUCAGAAUUAUAGAUAAUAAUGAGGAAAAUACAGAUGAGGAAGAAAUUUGAAAAUGAAUUGGAAGGUCUUCCAUGUUUGCAACUGAGUAAAGAACAUAAGUGACAUCAGUAUGCAUUUGCUAUUUUAUACUGUACUUUUAAUACUAAAGUAUUGUGCUUUUACUACUUAAACCUGAUUGCUUAGCUACUUGACUCAUUGGUUCAUGGUCCAUUUAUUACUUUAACCAUGUACUUUUGCCACUUUUCCGAUUUAUACAUUAUUCUAUAUAUUCGUUAAGGAUAAAUAUUUUAUCCAACACAGCACUGGAUUAGGGCUUCCUUAGACUUCUUUUUGUGUAAUAGAGGUUUUCAAGGCAGACAAUUCAUCAACUGUAUAAAUAAAUCGAUUUCUGGAAGUUUUUUUUUCUCGACAGCUCCAUUGCAAGGUAGACGUCAAAAUUAUUUACAUUUCUUGAAUUGUAAGUUUAAUAAUUAUUUUAUUUAUGAAAAACAAAACCAACUAAAUAAAUGUUGUUUUUUUGUCAUCUAUGAACAUUUUUAAAAGUACUAAAUUGAUAUGAAAAAAUCUCUAGUGACAAUUUCUGCUUUAAUUUUGAAUCCGAAGCAUAUGGCGGCU